AUGAAAAAUAAAAUUUUGUCAUCUACAGCAACAUUUUUCAAUUUGGCUGCAUUGGUUUUAAUCAUUUCUUCAUUUUUUUUACCAUGGUAUCAUAUUGAGGUUUAUGGUAGGUUAUUGGAUAAUUAUAAAUAUUAUUCUACUUUGGUAAACUUCAAAUUAAAUUCAUAUACAUGUGAUUAUUUAAAUGACAAUUCAGAAAAGGAAAGUAUUAAUAAACUUUAUGGUAAUGGUGAUGGAAGUGAGUGUUACCCCAUUCUUCCUCCCACUGCUUCUUUAUUUGGAUUAGGUAUUGUCUUUAUUGUUAUCCAAGUUUUUCUUGCUGUUAGUGUCUUAUCAACCUUCCUGGGUAUUGUAUUACAAGUGGUUCUAUUUUUAUCCUCUAGAUAUAGAAAUAUUUGGGUAAAAAUUAUUAUUUUUGGUCUCUCCUUAGUAACCAUUACAUUUUUAGUAUUGGCUCUAGUAUCAUCAUCAAAAAUUCACACUGGACUUCAAUCAUAUAAUUCAGAUGACACCCAGGGUACUCAUUCAGAUGAAGUCACUGCUGAUCUCUGUGAUGAUAUGUGGUGUGGUUCAUUUAAAGGUUGGAGUAAUUUUGGAUCCCCAUAUCUUAUUAACUAUUAUUCAGGGUGGGGUCCAAAAAGUGGGUUCAUAGUUGCUAUUAUUGGGGGUGGGUUUACUAUUAUUUCAUGUUUUAUUUCUUUUUUUAUCUUUUCUGAUAAUGAAAUAUUGCAUAAUAGUAUUCAAGAAAAAGAAUAUACUAAAAUUUAG